AUGCAGCAGGAUAGUCGGGUGGUUAAAGAGCUGAUGGAUGUUGGUAAGGAUGCAUUGGGAAGGCUCAUUGCUGACUUAAGAUAUGUUGGGCGCAGCCUCAUCGUGUCGCGCAUAGGGCAUCGUAUCCAGGGUUCCGUCAGGACCGUCACACACUUCACGCCCGCUGAUCGCGGGGUUUCUAGCCAUACGUAA